AUGCACACGGGAAGAUUGGUCCAUCUUGCGGCCCUCCUGCUGUGGACAGCCGCAGUCAGUGGCAUACUGAGGAAUGGCACGAAGGGGGGGGUACAACCCAAGUGGGCAAUAGAAAAAAGAGGCAACUCGAGGGAAAUGCAGUUCAUGGUUAGCAAAGUAAUAAAAGGGGUAGCUCAGAACAGGAAAAUCUCGCAACACUUAUCGCAUUCAGAAAAAAUGUUAAGUGAGCAAAAUGGGCAAGGAGAAGAGACAAAUAAGAAGGGUGAAACCCUUGGAGACAUCUGCUUCAUCGCAGGAGUAGGAGACACCAAUGGAUAUGGGUGGGGAAUCGCAAAAGAACUGAGCAAGAAAAACGUAAAAGUAAUUCUAGGGGUAUGGCCACCAGUGUAUAACAUUUUCAUGAAGAAUCUUCAUAAUGGAAAAUUUGAUAACGACAUGGAAAUUGGAGAAGGUAGAAAAAUGGACCUUCUAGAUAUCCUUCCCUUCGAUGCCGCUUUCGAUUCGUUUAACGACAUAGAUGAGGAAACGAGAAAGAACAAAAGAUAUGCCAAUUUAGAAAGUUAUUCCAUCGAAGAAGUUGCAAACUUGAUUUAUAAAAAGUAUGGGAAAAUAAACAUGUUAGUUCAUUCAUUGGCAAAUGGAAGGGAAGUGGAGAAGAGUCUACUUGAUACAAGUCGAAAUGGUUAUCUGGAUGCACUGAGCAAAAGCUCCUAUUCCCUCAUAGCCCUAUGCAAGUAUUUCUGCCCAAUCAUGCACCCACAAUCGAGUGUAAUUUCCUUAACAUACUAUGCUAGUCAGAAGGUGGUGCCUGGGUAUGGGGGAGGUAUGUCAAGUGCGAAGGCUGCAUUAGAAUCCGACACGAGAACUUUAGCCUACCACCUGGGACGAAAGCACAAAAUUAGAAUUAAUACCAUCAGCGCAGGGCCUCUUAAAUCAAGAGCUGCAACUGCCAUCAAGAAGGCCAAUCCCCAAUCGGGAGAAAACGAAACGGAAAAAAAAAACUUGGCAUUUAUAGAUUAUGCCAUUGAAUACUCAGAAAAGUAUGCGCCCCUUCAGCAGAAGUUAUAUUCCACAGACGUCGGGGCCGUGGCUGCCUUUUUGCUAUCCAAAGAGAGUAGAGCGGUCACUGGCCAGACUAUUUACGUGGACAACGGGCUCAACAUCAUGUUCGGCCCCGAUGAUUUGUUUCAGGACAAGGGGGCCUAG